GUUUCUCUCGGCGUUGGCGAGGUUUCGGUGGAGUUGGACGAGCCGGAGCGGGGCAACUGGUCUAACCCGAUCGAGUUUGUUCUAUCCUGCGUCGGGUACGCCGUUGGCAUCGGCAAUGUUUGGCGUUUCCCUUACCUCAUAUAUCGUAAUGGUGGCGGGGCAUUUUUGAUACCUUUUAUUCUCAUGUUGAUAACAAUGGGUCUACCCAUCUUCUACCUGGAGCUUUGUUUGGGGCAGUACACCGCAUUUGGGCCCAUUAAGUCUUUCAGCCGUAUGGCACCUGCUUUUCAUGGCGUAGGUUAUUCUACCUUGGUCGUAAUAGCCCUGGUGAUUAUAUAUUACAUGGUAAUAGUUGCGUGGACUUUAUUCUACACUUUCGCGUCCUUUUUGCCGAGACUCGCCUGGGCUUAUUGCGAUAACGAUUUCAACACAAAAUACUGUUACAGCGGCCUUGAUGACAUAAAUUGCCAGAAAAGUAAUACCAUGUUUUUCAACAAAACUUGCAUGACCUUCGAUGAUGUCUGUAUGGGUUUCUUCAAUUCUUCCAAAGGCAAUAGCACUGGUUGUUUUAAAAAUGACGGAGGAUUUCAACUAUUUACUAGCCUUUAUACUCGGAUAUUGUCGUCCGAAGAAUACUACAGCGACUACGUUCUCGGUAUACGCGGUGCCACAUGGGAAAACUUCGGUAGCAUACGGUGGGAAGUCUUCGGGUGUCUCACCCUAGCCUGGGUGAUCUGCUGCCUUUGUCUAAUACGCGGAGUUCAGAGCGUUGGCAAAAUUGUCUACUUCACAGCGCUCUUUCCUUACGUUAUUCUCAUAGCACUGUUGAUACGAGGUGUCACGUUAGGGGAGGGCGCAACCGACGGAAUUCUCUGGUAUAUCACGCCCGACUGGUCGACAUUGAAGAACGCCAAGGUCUGGGGAGACGCUGCCUCUCAAAUCUUUUAUUCGCUCGGCAUCAGUUGUGGUUCUCUAAUCACUCUCUCGAGCUACAGCAAGUUCAAUAACAAUUGCCACAGGGACGCGAUCUUUGUUAGCAUCACAAACCUAUUUACGUCCGUUUUCGCCGGCUUUGUCAUAUUCUCGGUGCUCGGAUUUCUGGCCCAGCAGAUGCAUAUGCCAAUUAACAAGGUGGUUCAGAGCGGCCCGGGGCUAGCUUUCAUCGCUUACCCGGAGGCGGUGGCGCGAAUGCCGCUACCCAAUCUCUGGGCCGUCCUGUUCUUCUUCAUGCUCUUUGUUCUCGGUCUUGGCAGUCAAUUUGCAGGCGUGCAAGCGAUAAAUACCGCCAUACUGGACAAGUGGCCGAAUUUGCGAAAACGCGAGGGUUUCGUGAUCAUAGGUAUAUGCAUUGUUUGCUGGUUACUGGCGAUCCCGAUGGUGUACGGCGGGGGUAUCUAUAUGUUUACACUGAUGGACUGGAAUACCGCCUCUUGGGCGAUCCUACUGAUCGGAGUCGCCGAGGUCGUCGAGGCCUCUUGGUGCUACGGCUGCAAUAAAUUUUUAGAUAACGUCGCCGAAAUGGGAAUGCAUUUCAGCCGUUUCUUCCAUGGCUACUGGUGGCUCAGUUGGGUUGUCUUGGCACCUCUUACUUGUUUGGGGAUCUUUAUAUAUCAAACGAGUACCUACACUGUAGCAACUUACGGCUCGUAUAAAUUCCCCAAAUGGGCGGAUGCGAUUGGAAUACUGAUCGGAUUGUCGACUUUGGCGCCGAUGCCGAUCUUCUUCGUUAUAAAACUAUGGCAAGCGAAGAAUUACCGAAGUUUGUUCCAACCCUCGCCACUGUGGGGGCCGGCCACGAAGAGGAAUGCGCCGGAUGACGACAGUGACAACACAGCGGUGGUUAAUCCGGCGUACGAUAAUUCUUCGGAUAAAGCUUAG